AAAUUUGAUAUGAUCUCUUCAGAUUUAAAUGACUUAUGCUUUCAUCUCAACUCCAAGAUCUCAAAUAUCAAGAAGUCACUUCAGCUGAGAAAAAUAGAUCAGGACCCAUCUUUGAAGACAGUGCUCAGUAGGGUAGUCCAUGAAAUGUUUCUCUUAAAUAGCCUCCUCAAUAAAUUGGAAGAGGAAUGUCACCAUCUGGAGAGACUACAGAGUCAACUCAAGGAACUGCAAGAGUCAGUGGAGAGGGACCAUCUCGAAGCCCAGCAUCUUGGAGGAAACAUGCCGGUUUACCUGCCCCAAGCCAUGCCAAGCAGUUCGCUGGGCAUAACGCUAAAGGAGAAGGAAGCGUGCCGGGCUGGGGAGAGUAAGCCUGCAAAGAAGGCGGCCAAAAGCUCCAAGUGCAUUAGAGAAGCGCCCUUCAUAACGGCGGAGGAGUUUGAGAACGUUCCUCCGUACAUGAAGGGCCGUCUGACGUACAGCCAAGUGAACGCGGUCCUUGCAGAGAUUAACAAAGCCGUUGCUAGCAAGUACAGUAUCAUGCGCCAGCCCCUUAAAACCAUGUUGAACACCACCAGGAAUCUCUACUUCCGAUUCCAGGAAGAGGAAACCAAAGACACAAAAGGUGAAUAUUUUGUAGUGGAGGCUGAUAUUGAAGAGUUCACCCAGCUGAAGGUAGACAAACGUUUUCACAGCAUCCUGACCAUCUUGCGACAUUGCCACCGAGUGCGAGAAAUCCGAGGAUCUCGACUUGUCCGCUAUGCCAUCUGCUGACGUGUCUGCGAUGAUAAAAAUGAUUGGUCACUGUUAUGGACUUUGAUUUUUCCCCUGGCCAUGCUAUUUCUUUGGUUCCCUUCCUUCCUGCCAUUUUUAUUAGAAAAGAUGGGUUUUGUUGGCAUUACUAAAAUGGUUGUAAUGGGACAAAGAUUUUAGCUCUCUGCAGUGAUGAAGACAUUGGACCAAUGUAUGCGUAUCAAGCUUUGCCUGCCACCCCCUCACUCCUCUUUAAUUUUCUACUUGAUGAGCUUAAGACAUUUAAUUUAGCAAUAUUAGAAGCUUAAUAGACUAAGUGUUUGAAACUUGAUUUGCUCAAAGCCUUCGGAACUUGAGCUGUGGAGUUAUUACGUUACCAAUAAACCAGAGAAGCAAAUGAA